AUGACCACACGCACAGCGCCACGCGGCUUGCGGGUGCUUGUUUCUGUCGGCUGGGCCAAGCCCGUAAGGAUCGCUGGCCAAGGUCAUCCCCACGCCAAGCCAGCCUUAAAGUGCGAAAUGCGGGAUGUUGCUUAUAUGCUGUCCUGGCAUUGGAGGUACGCUGCUUUCGAGUCCUUGGCAUCUGCUUGGCUCCCCAGCCGAGUGGCAUUCUACCCGUCCGAACUCGGGCCAUCCUGGGGUGCAGCGGCAUUUGUUCUUCCCAUCACGAGGAAAAUGCGGGAUGGAGAUGCGGGGGUAUACUGGGGUGUGCACUUAUAA